AUGAAAGAAAGAAACAAAGGGCAUGUUCCAUUGGUAGUAGGAAAAGGGAAAGAAAAAGACAUGGAAAGGAUUUGGGUGAGCAUCAAAGGGAUUCAUCAUCCCAAAAUUGUUGACUUGUUAGAACAAUCAGCUAAAGAGUAUGGAUACAAGCAGCAAGGUGUUCUUAGAAUCAGAUGUGAUGUUGACAACUUCAAAGCCAUUAUACAAAGUGAUGAGAUCAAUUUGGAGCUAGUGGAUGAAUUCUUUUCGUUAAGUAAUUUUAAUUUCUUUUUAAGAAAUUUCAUUCUUUAG